AUGGACUUCGCCAGCGACAUGAAUAGCGAUGACAUAAUCGGGGACGAGCAGGAGCUGAGAGAGUAUUACAGACACGACUCCGAGGAGUCGGAUAGCACGAACAGCGAAUUUCCUGACGAUGUGCUUGGUGGCCAGACAGAGGGUGAGCAUGGCGCAUCAUUGACAUCGCCAAGUCCGCCGAACCCACAGCGGUACCCGUAUCCGGUGAUGGGCUGGUUUGGAAUCACCAACGAUGGCGAAUACGCAGAUGACACCUACGACCGCAUAUCAUACAGGAAAUUCAAGGAGACUCAGAGACCAGAGCUGCCACCCAUGCGUACAUUGCCGGUAUAUUCUGAGCACACGGCAACAGAGAGCAACGAGCAGCCUGAACCGUUGCCUAGCCUUGCUUCGCUAGGGUUCAUGCCGUCUCGGCCAGAACCAGCAGCACCACAGGCGCCGGCAAACCAGCUGGAGCCGGACGAGGAAGGCGAGGACGACGAGGAGGAAGAGCCGGUGACUGGCCAGAAGCGCAAACAGACCCAGAGCCGGUUCCAAGAGCCAUGCUCGAUCUGCCUGGAUAAGCCGGAUCCAGCUGUGUAUCUGAAGCCGUGCGGACAUGUAUUCUGCGAGGGCUGCGCAUUGGCAUCGGUGCGGCUGUCCACCAGAUGCCCUGUGUGUCGACACCAUGUCAGCUACAAGGGUGUGUGUGUCCUGCAAUUCCGCGUCGGGCCGCUCAGCGCGACAGCAGAGGAUGCAAGCAGUUCUGGAUCGAAUUCACAGGGAGUAGACUGA